CACCAUGGCGACAAAGUUGGGGGACGCUGCCUUUCCUUUCUCAUUGACAACGGCGACUGGAAAUUUGACGUGUGCGAGAUCAAGAGAGGCUACAUCUGCAAGAGAAGAGCGGCGACAGCGCAACAAGCUCCGCUGCCUCACGCCGGUUUCCUCAAGCAAGAGAUAUGCGAGAACGCCGACAACCGAGCCAUUUGCCCCGAGGACAGAGUCAUGCGCAUCCAGUCGGCCUUCUACGGACGGAGGAGCAGCAACGUCUGCUCGGCCCAACGCGGCUCAGACGCCAAAUGUACGGUGGAAGGUGCCCUCCUUCACUACAGGAAAGAGUGCGACAACUGCCACCAGUGCCUCGUCAAGCCCAUGAAGGAGGACCCCUGCCCCGAGGUCUCCAAAUACCUCCAGAUGGUCUACACCUGCGAAACGGACGAGUGUUUUGACAGUUUAGGCAACACCCAAGGCAGCCUGAAAAAGUUGAAGCUGAGAGCCUCCUCCUCAUUGAGCGGCUUCGGCCCCGACAAGGCUUGCCUCAAUGGGAAAAGCUGCUGGAAACCGUUGAAGCCUAUGGACAGCUGGAUCGAGGUGGACUUAGGCGAGAUGAAAAAAGUGACCGGGAUGGAGAUCCAGAUGUGUCCUUGGGCCUCCUCCAGGCACUGGUCCAGGUUUAAGAUGACCCAUAGUUUGGACGGACAGGACUGGACCGGCCACUCCCAGAUGCUUUCCCCCGGAGCGACUCAGACCCUGAUGGAGCCCAUGCUAGCCCAGUUCAUCCGCAUCCUGCCACUGGAUCACAAAUGGAUCGUCGGCCUCCGCUUUGACGUCUUGGGAUGCGCGCUUGACAAUGUGAUCAGCUGCGACGAGCAGUUCGUCAACGUCGCCUUGGACAAGCUGCCCACUACGGUCUUCUGUCCGCCGGGUUGCGCCAAGUUGGACCACCAAGUCUACGGCACGUGGGGGUACAAAGAGGAGUCUCACAUCUGCGCCGCCGCCAUCCACGCCGGCGUCAUCGCUGACAAGACUGGAGGAAAGUGCACCUUGCUGAAAGCGCCGCCGCAGAAGAGCUUCCAAGCAUCCGAACAGAACGGAAUCCUCUCCAAACAAUUGAACCAAGAGGGGCCUUUGGCUUUCACGUUUGCCGACGGAGAGAUGAGAUGCUUGGGACCUGAGUGGGAGGAGUUUGCCGGCUUCUGCUACAAGAUUUUUGAGGACAAGAAGACCUGGGCCGAGGCUCAGCACGCCUGCGGGACUUUUGGCGCCCAGCUGGUGUCCGUGGGUUCCCUAGUGGAGCAGGAGUGGCUGAAGACGACUUUGUACUUUGAUGACAGCGACACGUGGACCGGACUCAAUGACCUGGCUGUUCCCGGCAUGUUCGUGUGGUCAGACCGCCGCCCUGUGACCUUGACCUUCUGGGCUGCCGGAGAGCCCAACAACGAGCUCCCCUUGGACGACAACUGCGUGGCGGCGGCUUUCCAGACGGGACGCUGGAUGCGGAUGUUGUGCACGCAGCUCAAUCGCUUCGUGUGCAAGAUGCCCAAAGCGCAUUACACCAUCGCCGCUGGAGAGCCCGAGACGGAAAGCGGCGAUUCCAAGGCCUUGUCCAUGGUGUCGACUGGAACUUGCAAAGACCUUGUCCUGGAAAUGAUGAAAGGUCUUCAGGUGGGAAGUACCAUCACCAUCAAAGGGCUGGGCAACGACAAGACCAAGAGCUUCCAAGCCAGCUUGCUCAACGCCGACAACCAAACCAUCCUGCAGCUCAAGCUGGACGCCGAGACCCAAACCGUCAUGCUGAGCUCCCAACUGGACAGCGACCCGGACCAGCAGCUAAACCAGCUGCAUGUUGCCCGUAUCCCCCUGCAACGUGGCGUGGACUUCAAGAUCGUCAUCAGCUGCGCCCAGCACGUCUUCCGCGUUUUGGCCGGGGGCCACCGGCUGCACUACGCCUACCAGGGCCACCUCCGACUGGCAGACAUCACGCUGCUGCGACUGCAUGGCGACGUGUCGCUGAAGGUCGUCCGCCUGGCGGCGGCGCCGCCCACCUAAGCCGGAAAAACUACGACAACCCAACAGCGGCGGUCUCGUACCGUGCGCUGCCCGAUGAGCUAAGUUUGUGCAUGUUUUCUUGACACCUCAAAGCACUUACUGAGCUUCAGGAGAGUGAGGAGGGGGAAAAAAAAAAAAAAAUUACAGCAGCUAUCCAGUUAACCAACUGCAAAAAAAUCUAGAAAAAAAAAUGGUAUUCCUUUUGUGUUAUACAAUAUCUAUAUAUGUAUCUAUGUAUCUAUCCACCAAUUUUGAAUUCCACCUUUUGAAUUAUAAUUAUAUAUCUGUAUAUAAAGUAAAUAUCUAUCCACUGCCACCGUCUGGGGCUUAUGGCUCCUAAAAAAAAAUGUUUUUGAAUGCCCUGUUUUGAAUUCUACAUUUUGAAUUCCAAUUAUCUAUCAAAGUAUCUAUCCAUAUAUCCGCCGCCGCCGCCGUCUGGGGCUUAUGGCCCCUAAAAAAAAAAAAAAAUGUUUUUGAGUGUUUUCUAUUUAAUCAUGAUUUGGCUUGAAGAUUUAAACCAGUGGUUCCCAAAGUGGGCGGUACCGCCCCCCUGGGGGCGGUGGAAAGCUCUGGGGGGGCGGUGAGGAAGAAAGGGGCGGUAGGGGGGCGGUAGGGGGGCGGCAGUCGAUUUGUACACAACACGCACGCCGCUCUGGCCCAGUCAGAUACGACAGCAUAGCUACAAAAGCAAAAGCUCAGGUUUGUAAUUUCAAGCUUGUAAUGUUCAGAAUUUUAUCUUAUAAUAAAAACCGCAUUCUGGCGGUCAACAUCAUCUUGAGUUCAAGUCAACAUGAAAUUGGGGACUCGCCAGAACGCGCCGUGUUGUGUUGUGUUGAGCUGGUUAGGGCAAUGGUCCCCAACCACCGGGCCGCGGCCCGGUACCGGUCCGUGGGUCACUUGGUACCGGGCCGCCAAGCCGCACAGAAUUUUUUUUUUUAUCGACGAUCAAUUAAUUCAGGUCAAGACGCUCGUCCCGGUCACGUGACAUGUUUCCCCAGUCGAGCCCGCAAAGCUAAUAUGUGGCGACAGGCUAACUAACCAGGCAGUGAAGCAUUCAAAACUGCUUCAACACAUGGAGACCAAGCAUCCUGCAAUAAAAGACAAACCUUAAAUCACUUCGGGUGUCAUUGUCUCCGAUUACGUCUAGAUGGGACCGGCUCGUUUCUGAGAAACAAACUCAGUGCUCCCACUAAUUCAACGUAAUGGUAAUGAUAUUAUAAAUGUAUUAUUUAUUUAUUUAUUUAUAUAAAUGUAUUAUUUAUUUAUAUAAAUGCCGGUCCGCGAAAAUAUUUCUGACAUGUAACCGGUCCGUGGCGCAAAAAAGGUUGGGGACCACUGCCUUAGAUCACGUCCGCCACCAUUUUCUGUGAAUAAAUGGAAGAAAAUGAAUACAUGAGAGGGUAAACUUGCUUUUCAUACCUUCAAUGUUGUCAUUUUUGUCCUUAAGUAGGCCUAUUUAUGAAAUGCGAUAAAAUGCUGUAUUUUACAUGGUUUUAUUUUUUUGUUUUUGUUUUG